UGUAUCGUCCGUUGUAGUUAGUGGACGGUGAACCAUGUUGAAGCUGUUGGAACCGUUUGACUUGAAUGGACUAGAACUAGCCAAUAGAAUGGUGAUGGCGCCGUUGACUCGUAACAGAGCAGGUCCACGCUUUGUGCCUACUAAAAUGAACGCUUUAUAUUAUGCCCAAAGAAGUGGUUUAGGUCUUAUUAUCACCGAAGCAACUCAAAUAUCUCAACAAGGAAUGGGAUAUCCUGAUACUCCUGGUAUCUAUACAGAUGAACAAGUGGAUGGUUGGCGAAUGGUAACCGAAGCAGUCCAUCGAAGAGAAGGUUGUAUAUUUUUACAGUUGUGGCACGUUGGAAGAGUUUCUCACUCCUCAUUUCAACCAAACGGUCAACUACCAGUUGCACCUAGUGCGAUUGCACCGGAAGGUGAAGUAAUGACUUAUGAUGGCAUCAAACCCUUUGAAACACCGAGAGCACUGGAAACGGAGGAAGUUGCCCAUAUUGUGGAAGACUAUCGAAAAGCAGCAAUUAAUGCGAAACGUGCAGGUUUUGAUGGCAUAGAAAUUCAUAGUGCGAAUGGUUAUCUAUUGCACGAGUUUCUAGAAGAUGGCACGAAUAAGAGAACCGACCGUUAUGGUGGCUCCAUUGAAAAUAGGACGAGAAUUGUGUUUGAAGUUCUCGAUGCAGUGUGUAAAGUAUAUCCUUCCCGCAGAGUUGGCAUUCGUCUUUCUCCAGAUACAGAGUUUAUGAGUAUGAGUGACUCUGACAGACCUGCUCUUUAUAGUUAUUUAGUACAAGAGUUGAGUCGACGCGAACUGGCCUAUUUACACCUUAUCGAGCCAAGAAUCAAAGGAAAUGUGGAUGUUGAGAAAGAGUCCUCAUUGAAUGUAGAAUUUUUCCGUCCCUUAUAUAAGGGUGUUCUUAUCACUGCUGGAGGUUAUCAAAAGGAAACAGGAGAAGAAAGACUGCAAAAGCAACAUGCGGACCUCGUAGCAUAUGGUCGUUGGGUGAUUGCCAACCCUGACUUGCCCAGCAGAUUUGAACAAAAUGCACCUCUAAAUCCUUAUGAUAGAGCCACAUUCUAUGGUGGUAAUGAAAAGGGAUACACAGAUUAUCCAUUUUUAGAUCCACGAGAUUCUCAAGAAGCAUUGAAGGAAGCUGAAGCAGCCGAAAGGAAAUGGCGUCGCUUGUAGACAUUUGUCUUCCACAAAGGAACCAAAACUAUAUAUAUAUAUAUAUAUAUAUAUAUAUACAAAUUCCAAGAGGAGUCUUUUUUGUGUGAAU